UACUGCGACGUUAACGGUUCCGUAGAUAUAGCCACUCAUUAAAAUCAUUUAAUAUAUUUGUAAAAUAAAAAAACGAAAUCAUCUCAACAAUUUUUUACGAUAAAAAAAAUGUAAAAUAAAUUGUAAGUUUGUAGGGAGUUUCAUGAGCGAUCCUAGGAAUUUAAUAUUUAUGUAAGAAAUUGAUAUUUAAAUUAAGCGUAUGUACACCGUACAUACGCUUCAACGUGAUAUCUUGUCGGAUCUUAUAGAUUGAGACUGACAACAAUUGAACAAUAAUGAGUAGAAAUCGACAGUAAAGCUCUUAUUAAAAGAAUUGAUCAGUAAAUGAAUUUGCUGACAUGUAAAUGCACGAUUUUGACUUGAACAUAAAGACGUUAUAGUACACACAAUAAAGAAUAUAAAUAAUGGAUGAUAAGUGUGCUAUAACGAAACUACCGCAUCAUGUACAACAAAAAUUGUGCCAGACGCGGCCGCCUUAUAGGCAAGGGAAAAGAUUAACAUCCGUGAAGGUUUACACAGUAAACGACGAAUCGAAACAUUUGAUGAUAUGCGGAGUACCGAAACUCCAGUUAGGUGAAGAGAUUAGAAAAGUUGUUGAACCAUAUGGGAUUAUUAAAAAAAUUCAUGUGGUGCCUGAUUAUCCCACAGAGGAGUUCACAGAGGCAUACUAUGUACAAUAUGACCGCAUACAAAGUGCAAGAAUAGCAAAACGAUUUGUUGAUGGGAAAAACUUUUAUGGGGGUUCUUUGCAUGUCUUUUAUGCACCUGAGCUUGAAACUGUAUCAGAGACUAAAGCCAAGCUUCUUCAGCGUCGCAGAGAUGUAAUUAUACGCAUACACAGAAAUCAACGAGAUGUGAAAAAUCAUGAUACUGAUAAAUUUAUUCCAACAGAGCAGUAUCAUAGAAGAAAAAGAACACCUGCUUUGCCACUUACUGAAGAACGUUUAACUCGGCAGUAUCCUGGAGAGACAUUGUCUUCUAUUUAUGAUGGGAUACCACGAAGUUUGGAUCCGAGACCAGUGUCUGAACCUAGUCUACCGUCAACUUCUUAUGCUCCGCAAGAAAAUAAUACGUCCAUCUCGUUACAAACUCCUUACCAUCCGGAUGAAGCUGUUAUGAAUGCCAGUGAAACUGCUAAAAGAUUAGAUUGUGUAGAAAGAAAGAGGAAAAAUUACAAGGGACAAUCGGUCGAUAAUGGUGUGAAAGUUCGAGUUCUAAGACCUCAGCUCGUAGAUACGAGUACAAUCGUGAAAUGGGAUAAUUCAAAUAAGAACGUAUUUUCUAAUCCGAAGAGAACUCAGAGUAAUAUAACUAUUAGAUUGAUUUCGAAAAGUGAUGAUGAGAAAAAGAAGAUCGUAAUAAAAGAUCCAAGUGUUUCACGAUUAAUACAACCAAGUGAGAAUCUUCGACUAUCGAUCAAAGAGGCUAAAUCCCAAAUACGAGCAGUUAUGCAAACUAACGACAAAGAUAAUUAAUGAUUAUUGCAUUAAGACCUAUAAUACAGAGGACGUUUAUUUUUCAUUAAAUAAAUAAAAUGUAACUGUUUAACUGUCAA